AUGAAAGCUCCCCAGAUAUCACAGCUCUCAGUGGCAUCCGCAUUCGAUGCCCUGGAUCCCAAGCAAAAGCUUUACGCCCAUUACAUGGCUAAGGCAGCAUGGGCUGGCUCGCGCAUUGUCUUUAGACAAGUAUCACCGGAAGCCAACGACAUAUUCGAUUUUGUAAUUGCGCUCUACGACGGCUGCGAUGGGGACUGGGAACGCCUCGCUACUGUAGCGGGCGUCGAGUUCCAUGAUGUACAAUUGCUGCUGGACUACGCUGCGACGUUCCUGUCCAAUAUGGGGAACUACUAUGGCUCUGGUGAUCAGAAGUUUACGCCUGCUAUUUCUGCAGAGAAACUCGCUGCCCUAGCGGACUCUGCUUCCCCACGUGCGGCUGCACUUUGGGGGCAUAUUCGGGAUGCAAUCCUUCAGGAAACCCCACUCAGCCUGGGACCACCGUCUGACUUGACUCAGAGUGCUUAUUACCCAGGAUUUGAAGGCCCCUCAUUUCAGGAAGACAUGGCGCAUAUUUCAAAAACCAUAGAUGAGCUGGCCAUACUUCCGGAAAACACCCGAGUGGAGAAAAAGCGUAUCUCUCCGGAUAUAGAGGUCUUCAAUAUACUCCAGGCGUCUGUGGCUGAAAAGACGUCGACUUGCCAUGUGACCAGCGAUCCCACCUCUGACGGGAGGAUCAUUCGUCUGGUGAACGGGGAUCACAAGGAGGAGAUGACGCGCAUAUCUGCUUAUUUGUCCAAGGCUCUCCAGUACACUUCUAAUAGAUCCCAGGAUCACAUGGUACAAAAACUUCUAGAAAGUUUUAUCACCGGCAACCUGGAAACAUACAAAGAUGCCCAAAGGCUUUGGGUGAAUGACAAGGCCCCGCCGGUUGAGACAGUGCUCGGGUUUGUCGAGCCUUACCGCGAUCCACUGGGGGUUCGAUCUGAGUUUGAAGGAAUUGUGGGCAUACCUGAUGCUAACGAGACGAAGAUACUGGGGGAGUUGUCAAGGAUGGCGGACAAGUUCGUCUGCCGACUGCCGUGGGUGACUAGUGACAGCGACGAUAAAGGGCCCUUCGAGAAGGAGAAAUUCGAAGCGCCAGACUUUUCCAGCGUUCAAAGCCUUGCAUAUUGCUCGAGUAUCAUUUUUCCAGGGAUAAACCUUCCCAACUACAACGAUAUCCGCCAAGAGACAGGCUACAAAGGCAUCAUCUUCUCUAAUCGCAUGGUCGCAGAGAGUCGUCGGCCAAGGGGUCUACACCUGGUUGACAAAUCAGAACAAGAUACCUUCAAAAAGCACCGGUUUCACGCAUAUUAUAUCUGGGUUGUUCUGCAUGAAAUUCUAGGACAUGGAACCGGAAAGUUCCUGAACGAGUCCACCCCAGGUAGUUACAAUUUCGAUCCGGAUAAUCCGCCACUGAACCCAAUUACCGGAAAGCCAGUCAGUACCUGGUAUGGACCUGGCCAGACGUGGACUGGGGUAUUUGGCGAUCUUUCGACAACCGUGGACGAAUGUAGGGCUGAGCUUGUGGGAGCUUACUUGAUUGAUGAUCAGGAUAUAUCGGCUUUGUUUGGAUACAGCCAACAAGGAGAGGUAACACCAGAUGACGUUGUCUACAACUUGUACCUCCAACUAGGUACAGACGGACUUCGAGGUUUAGAAAACUAUGACCCUACCACAAAAAAAUGGGGCCAAGCCCAUAGCCGGGCCCACUACGCCAUGCUUCGUCAUCUCCUCCGCGACACCCAAGGCCUCUACACUGUUAUAUGCGACCCACAAGCCGGCGAGCUCACGGUGAAGGUUGAUAGAAACCUCAUUAUCCAACAAGGGAAGCCCUCCCUUGGUCGCAUGCUGUUGAGACUGCACAUGUAUCGGUGCACUGCGGAUAUCGCUGGCUGUCGUACGUUUUACGAAGACCUCACGGCCGUGGACGACGAGGCCUUGAAAUGGAGAGAGAUCGUCAUCGCCAAAAAGGAUCCACCACUGAUAUUCUCUCAUGCGAAUACGUAUCUCGAUGGAGAUACUGUCAACUUACGGGAGUAUGAGCCAACAUCUAAGGGUAUUAUCCAAAGCUGGGCCGAGAGAGGGAUAGAUGCGGUUGUCGCAUGA